UCAGAAGCGCGCGUACCUUGGUGAUGUUAUGUGACGAUGAGGCGCCUCACAAGGGGUUAACUAGCCGUUUGCUUCCUUGAGAAGCGCUGGGGUCACAGACCAGCUCUAUCAAGUCUGUGACUCUCUAUGCAAAGGUCCGAAGGAGGGGACAGAUGAUAUAAAAUCGUUUGCCUCACUGGUUUGUUGUGAGUAGCUUUAGUAGCCUAGUUGUUGUUGGCUAUUCUUAUUGUUACCCAAUACCCACACUGCAGCGGUUCGUAAUAGGAAGAGCAGUGCCACUGCUGUAGUUGGCGUAAACAUGCGUUGGGACUCUUACAGAAACUAACCCGGCCAGAAAAUAUCUUCUCUACAGAUCAUUUAAUGCAUAGCGGCACUAAAAUACAGCAGGACAAUUACGUAGGUUGUUGCUUCAAGACAACUUUACUCGCAGUGCGCACAAACUGAAGGACAACUAUGGAACCCCCGGAGAGAAUGUCACGAGUUGCAUUUAUUUCGUUGUAGCGCACCAUGCGUGGUGCCAUUGCGUUCAAGGCUGCCCCCGAACUCAAACUGCAGAAUGUCCAGAUUAUGUGUCGCCAUUAUAGGGGCAGGCGGUGCUGGAUUGUGCGCUGCGCGGCAUUUGCUCUCCAAACCUGGCACAUUUGCUCCACCAGUAGUUUAUGAGCAGACCAAUUUUGUGGGCGGGACUUGGGUGUACGAGGACAAGGAGAGCAGAUAUGACGACGGCAAGCCAAUCCACAGCAGCAUGUAUCGGGAUCUCAGAACAAAUAUCCCUAAAGAGGUGAUGGCAUUUCCGGAUUUCCCUUUUGACGAUCACCUUCCAUCCUUUUUACAUCAUACUGAAGUCAGGAAGUAUCUGGAGAGAUACUGUGACCACUUCAAAAUGAAGAAUCACAUCAAGUUCAAUACAACAGUGGAUGCUGUGAAACCAGUGAAGGUGGAAAGUGGAUGGCGUGGCUUAGCUUGGGACGUCACCUCUAGUGAUGGGAGGGAUCCAAACACUUCAGUCCAGAGGCGAUUUGAUGCUGUCCUGGUGUGCAAUGGGCACUUUUUUAACCCCUACAUUCCAGCAAUCCCUGGUCUAGAGAAAUUUUCAGGAGCUUUGAUUCACAGCCAUGAUUAUUGCAGUGCUGUGGCGUUUGCAGGGAAGUCUGUGGUGAUGUUAGGAGCUGGUCCCUCAGGGACAGAUAUCGCCAUGGAGCUCAGCAAAGUUAAUGCAAAGGUGGUGCUGAGCCACGGGCAGAAGCGCCUGAAGGGCCCUCUUCCUCCAGGGGUGCGGCAGGCGCCCCCCGUGUCCAAAGUCCUGGAAGACGGCACCCUGGAGUUUCACGAUGGCCAGCUGGCGCGGCCUGAUGUCUUCAUGUUUUGCACCGGGUACAACUACAAAUUCCCCUUCCUGGACGAACGAGUGGGUGUGGAGGUGAAGGAGCACAUGGUCUAUCCGCUCUACAAGUUCCUCAUUCCACCAGCGUUUCCAUCUCUCUUCAUCGUGGGACUCUGUAGAGCCAUCUGCCCCUUCCCACAUUUUCAUAUGCAGAGUCAGUUCAUCGUGUCUGUGCUGGAUGGCUCUUUCCCCCUCCCGUCUCCAGAGGAGAUGGAAAAGGAUAUAGAGCUGGCUGAAGCUGCUCGCAGAGCCAAAGGUAUUGCCACACGGCAUAUCUUGAAACUUGACUCAGACCAGUGGACGUACAACCAAGACCUUGCUCGAAUUGGUGGUUUCAAACCACUUCCUCCAUACUGGAGAAGCCUGUAUGAGUCCAACAAAGUGUUCCGCUCCCAGGACAUGCAGAACUACAAGAGCUUCAACUACAGAGUGCUGGGUGAUGAUGAAUGGAUGGUGCUGGGCCCACAAGGACAGCCUCUUCCCAAACCAGUCCCUUAAGAGGAGAACAGGCUAACUUCACAUCGCUUCUGACAGCAUUGUGGAGCAAUGCCAAUCUCUGUUACCCCCACCUGUUACCCCCACAGCACACUUUAUACAGCAAACAAGCACAGCAGCAGAUGGAUUCGAACAAGUGGCCUCAACCAAAAACAAAGCUCAAUGGUAAUCAACAGCCGAGAUCAGUCAGUGGACAUUGGCACAAAUGUGAGGCGUUGUAUUUUUACAACAAUGAAAUCGAAUAUUGGCAGAGAAAUGCGCUGCUCUUUUAAAAAAUAUAUGUUUUAUUCAGGACAGGACGUGACAGGAAACGAGUGGGAGAGACAGAGGAAUUACUAUGUUGCAUACUUUUUCAUCACAGCAUACGUACAUAACUGCACGUUUCACAAGGGGCUCUCUCUUGCAACUGCCUGUUUGGCUACUUGUCCCUCUUUUUGCAAAAUGUGCAAAUGCUGUCAUACACUCUAGUUGGAUUUAGGACUACAACUAUCCAGAGACUUCUUGUGGGUAAAGGUGCUCCUACAUGCCCUGUGAUAGUACACAUAAGGAACAUGUAAAAUUGUACACCAUUGUUACCUCC